CUCGGUGCUGCAGGUUGGUGGCUUUGCCUGGGAGGACUGCGGUGGUGGGAAGGACCCCGUGGUGCUGAAGAGCCUCUCCGUGGCACCCGACCCCAUCAGCAUCCCGGGGAGCCUGCGCGUUAGCGCGGCCGUCAGCAGCAGCAAGGCCAUGGCCUCCCCCCUGAAGGCGGUGCUAGUGGUAGAGAAGGCACUGGGCGACCUGUGGAUCCAGCUGCCCUGCAUCGACCAGCUGGGCAGCUGCACCUACGACGAUGUCUGCACCGUCCUCGACAACCUCAUCCCGCCUGGCACCACCUGCCCGGAGCCCCUGCUCACCUAUGGCAUCCCCUGCCACUGCCCCUUCAAAGCGGGCUCCUACUCCCUGCCAGCCAGUGACUUCGACCUUCCCGACGUGGAGCUGCCUUCCUGGAUGACCAACGGCAACUACCGUGUCCGGGCGACCGUCAGCAGUGGUGGGCAGGAGCUCGCCUGCGUCAAGCUGGCCUUCUCCCUGCAGUCCCAGUGAGGGGUAGGGACGUCCCUCCUCUCCCCACCACUUUGGUCCCCUGUCUCAUCUCAUCCAGUUGCACCCUGUCUUGUCCCACCGCGUUCCUUUGAGGUGCAUCCCUCUCCUUGCCAGGAGGAGGCAGCCCCUGUACCCCCGCUCCGUGUCCCCCCUCCCCUGCUUACACACAGAAAGGCUCCUACAGCUGUCCUGCUGUCCCCAACUUCUUCACCUGGGUGUCCCCUGCCCUGGACAGGGUGGCCGUGGAGCUAACCCCAGCCUGGGGGUGGUUGUUUUUUAC